AGAUGCUUUGGUUGGGAUUGGGAAUACUAUCAAGAUUCGUGUGGGUCCCUGCAAGGGCUACCGUAGUCGUGUAGUAGAUGUUGAUGGUUCAACUGUUCGAGUUGAACUGGAAUGACAGAUGAAGGCUCUUACUGGAUUCAUCUCAACGGUAUGGUUUGGGACACGAAACCCAAUGCUUCACAUGACUCCGAUGAGAGAUGCAACGGUAUGGUUUGGGACACAAAACCCAAUGUUCCACAUGACUCCGAUGAGAGAUGCAGGAUGGGCCACUUCAAUCCAUGAUGGAAUGCGAACUGCCAUGUGUGACCGUGCAUGGAAUCCUUGUGCACCAAUGAGCACAUAAAGUAUAAUGCGGGGUCCUUUAGGCUUUUAAAGUUAUGCAACCUUUCUCUUUCCCAUUUUGUGUAAAAGAGAACUAUUAUAAUGGAAGUUUACAAAAAAAAAAGACAGGCUUAGAACUUCGGAAAUUUUCCUCAGCGAACUUUCUAAAACUUAGACAAGUUGAAAGAUCGAUGUUUUGUAUACCUAGUAUCUCAGUCUGCUAAAUGUUUUAGUGUAGGGUCAUGUGCUAUUGAGCAAUAAGUAUACUCGUGGGUAAUUAAUGAGGUUGUUGUCAUGUUAAUCUUUUCUUCUUAUUUCCUUUGUCAAUAAAGAUAAGAAGAUAAACUUGCUGUAUUUGCAUUUAAAUUUGAGAGAGUCGUAUC